AUGGAGAUGACAUUCAUCACUAUUCACAGUGCGCACCAAACCCUGAUCCGCUCUACUAGGAUGACUAUACAAAUUGACCUCGGCCGCGAUGCAAACAUUUUGUUUGCAUCCGAGUCUAUUGUCGACAUUCUAGGCUACCACCCGGAUCAGGUAAUAGGCAAAUCCUGCUUCGAUUAUUUUCACCCUGAUGAAGUUCCUUUUGCUCGGAACGUCCAUAGCCGUAGCAUAAUGAUGGACAAGGCGGCUAUGCUUCACUAUGCCAGAAUCCAAGGUCGUGAUGGGCAAUGGAUUGGCUGUGAAUGCGUCUUCACUAUUGUUUAUGAGGUCCUCAUUGCAUGUACAAGCAUUUACCGAGGAGAUGCGAAGAACGAGCGGCGAGCUGCCGAGGCGCCAGCUGUCCGCCAUCUCUUCACCUCAUCUCCCAGAGAUCCCCGAUACCACAUGCUAGAACAUCUAGCUUCGAAGUUCAGGGCACCUCCUCAACCAUCACUCCUUGAGCCCCGUGCGGCUCUCAUCCUCAAUCGGUUCACGCGUACCUUGACUAUUAUGUAUGCGACAGAUGCCAUCUCAACGAUUGUUGGGCUUACACCGGAUCAAUUUAAAAACAAGAGCUUCUAUGAAUGCAUUCAGGAGAAAUGCCUGUCGGAGGCUAUCAGAUGCCUGUCAGAUGCAAAGUCUAAUGAUUCAAUUGCGUAUCUCCGCUUCUGGUAUCGCGAUCCCCGGGGUGAGGAAGACUUCGAGGAAGAGGCGGACGAAGCUAGCCAGAGCAGUGAUUCAGAAGACGAAGGCGCCGAACCCCAUGUCUCCAUGGAUGUUGAUACGGCCGCUGCUGCAGAGACUAAUAGACCUCUGCAAGGGGCCCCGUUGAUGUCUAGCAGUAGAAGCAGCGCUGGCCACGAAGUCAACCGGCAAGCACCACCGCAUAUUCCAACGACUUUCUCAGAGGCCAAUACUGGCAUUGGACACGAUUCUUCCGACGCCUUCCCCGGCCAAUGCCAGCCCCAAUCCUCUUUUCUGGUGGGAAGUGGAGCAAAGAGCAGAGGGCUAGGCGGGCUCACAAGGAAAGAAUUUAUGAGUGCGAUACAAGAGGUUGCUGUGUUUGCAUGGGGUCUUACUGGAAUCAAUGGAAAUAUUGCAUCGUAUGGCCAAGGAGUUCCUCGGGGGGAAGCUGUAGCUCCCUGGGGGUUGCCGAUCUGGGAUCCAUAUGCGGAUCCGCCGGCUGGUUUUCUACCGCCUGAAAACCAAGCCGCUCAAAGAUGGGCGCAUGAGGAAGUCGUAGUAAAUGACCCAUAUCAGCAUCCACAACGGAAGCAAAAUCCAAGAUGCUAG